AUGUCCCACGACCACGAACAUGAAAAUCGCAUCUGGCUCAUCACCGGCUCCUCCUCUGGCCUCGGCCUCCAACUCGCCCUCACAGCCUCAUCCCACGGCGACACCGUAAUCGCCCUGACCCGCAACCCAAGCAAACUAUCCACCUCCCUCCCACACCCCAACCCACGCAUCAUCCCCUACCACUACGACCCAAACACCGCCACCUCCACCUCCCUCACCUCCCUCCUAACCGCCAUAACCCAAACCCACGGCCCAAUCGACAUCCUCGUCAACAACGCCGGCUACAUCCUAACCUCCACCAUCCAAGAAGCCACCUCCACCGAAAUCUCCGCCCAAUUCACCACCAACCUCUUCAGCCAAAUCCACCUCGUGCAGGCCAUCGCGCCCUCCAUGCGCGCCCGUCGCAACGGCACAAUCGCCUGCAUCGGCUCGAUCGGCGCGUGGUCGGGUUCUCCUGCGGCCGGGUUCUAUUGUGCGAGUAAAGCGGCUGUUGCGAUAUACGCGGAGGCGUUGAAGGCGGAGAUGGAGGAGUUUGGGGUGGAGGUGGUUUGUUUCGAGUUGGGGUAUUUUCGGACGGGGUUUUUGGGGGAGGGGCAUUGUGUUGGAGCGAAGGGUGGGAGUUUGGGGAGGGGUGCGGUGGAGCAGGAGGCAGUAUCGACGAGGGAGAUGAGGGAGGCGUUGAAGGCUUAUAAUGGGAAACAGCCGGGGGAUCCGGUGAAGGGGGCAUUGGUUAUGUAUGAGGCGUUGACGAAGACGGGACGGUUUAAGGAGUUAAAGGAGAAAGGGGAGUCGUUGCCUGCGAGGUUGGCGGUCGGGAGGGAUGCGAUUACGGCGAUUGGGGAGAGUUUGGAGAGGGAGAGGGGGAUGUUGGAGAGGUGGGGGAGUGUGAUUGGGGGGACGGAUUGUGAUGAUGUUAUUGUAUAG